AUAUAAAGUUGUGUGUUUAAAUUAGAAGUGAAGUAUGUCAAGCCCGAGUAAGGGUAUUAAACAUGAUAGUCCAGGGGCCCAGGCACCAAGGACCCCCCUUAAAGAAUCAAAUCGUUUGCCCCUGGCGGAAGGCAUGAGAACGCCCCUGAAAGAUGGAACAAAAACUCCCUUGAAGGAGUCAGUCUUCUCCUUUUUGGACUCCCCCCGGUCCCCCUUCAAGACCUUGCUCAACUUCGCUAGCCUGGGGAACAGAGGAGCCCUCUCACCAAACAAAAGGGGUAGCCCCUCCCAGUCCAGUCCUGCCCAGGUAGACAAGGAGGUCCCCCCACCUACGGACAAGGAGGUCACGCCCCCCACAUUCAAGGAAAACCACGCCCCCUCUACCCAUCCUACUGAACCAUAUUCCGAUGUGGACCUAGAUGUUACAUUAGAAAAUGAUACGGUUGAGGAUGAAAACAAGGAUAAAUUUGCGAGCAUAGCGAGUCUAGACGAUCAGUUAGAAGCUGAGAAAUGGGAGGAGAGAACAGAAUUGAUCACGAGAAUAGAUCAUGAAGAAUACGUGGAGUGCGCUAAAUCCAUUCUUAACGAUCUCGUUUUCUCUAUUGACCCCAGUCUUCACGAUAACCCGGAUACUCUGAACCCUAACCUCGUCCCUGAGAUCAUCCUCAACCCCCCUGAGUUCGAGCUUGCUGAGAUUGCCCUAGAGGUUAACGAAGAUGAGGAUGUCAAUGGAAUGGUAUCCUGUAAUACAAGCUUCAGAGUUCAAGAUUCAGAAGAUAGCGGGGCUGAAUAUGAGAGUGCUAAUGAACAAUCAUUUUCUGGAGACUCAGCUUUAGAAUCAGCUUUGAAUUCUGAUGUUGAGAGCGAAAUGCCGGAAACAAUUUGCUCCGCUGUUCUUGACCCACGUGGUGCCGAGUACUUGAUGGAAGACGAUCUUCUCUCUGCUUUCCAGGAUUUAAAACUUAAGGUUGAAAAAGAAGAAUCGGAGAGUAGGAUCAGCACUCCGCUUAAGAAAAACGGAAAAG